UGCUGACGCGGGGGGAGCUGGCGAAGCUACGCAUGUGCGGGCGUCGGUGAUGGUGGGUGAGCGGAACCCAUGAGGAGCCGGGUAGCCGGAGAGCGUGAGAUGGCGGGAGUCUUCGACAUCGACCUGGACCCCGAGUACCAGCAGGAUGAAGGCGGCUCGGACGAGGAGCUGGAUGAGGUACUACAGUACAGUGACUGCAUGGAGCAUGGGGUUCCAUUUGAACUGGAUAUGGAACACUGUGAAAAAUUUGAAAUCUCUGAAAACAAUGUGAAUAGAGGUCCAGAAAAAAUAAGACCGGAGUGCUUUGAGCUUCUGCGCGUGCUAGGCAAAGGUGGUUACGGGAAGGUUUUCCAAGUAAGGAAGGUAUUGGGUGCAUAUACUGGAAAGAUAUUUGCCAUGAAAGUGCUAAAGAAGGCAAUGAUUGUUCGUAAUGCAAAGGACACAGCCCAUACGAAAGCAGAGCGCAGUAUCUUGGAGGACGUGAAGCAUCCAUUCAUCGUGGAUCUGAUGUAUGCUUUCCAGACUGGAGGGAAGCUCUACCUCAUUCUUGAAUAUCUCAGUGGUGGAGAGCUCUUCAUGCAGCUGGAAAGAGAAGGAAUCUUUAUGGAAGACACCGCAUGUUUUUAUCUCGCUGAAAUCUCAAUGGCUUUGGGGCACUUGCAUCAGAAAGGUAUUAUUUAUCGCGACUUGAAGCCAGAAAACAUCAUGCUCAAUCAUCAAGGGCAUGUUAAACUAACAGAUUUUGGAUUAUGUAAGGAAUCUAUUCAUGAUGGUGCUGUGACUCACACUUUCUGUGGUACAAUAGAGUACAUGGCACCGGAAAUUUUAAUGAGAAGUGGACACAAUCGUGCUGUGGACUGGUGGAGUUUAGGAGCCCUAAUGUAUGACAUGCUGACGGGAGCACCUCCUUUCACUGGCGAGAACAGGAAGAAGACUAUCGACAAAAUCCUGAAGUGUAAACUCAAUCUGCCGCCCUACCUCACACACGAAGCCAGAGACCUUCUUAAAAAGCUGCUAAAAAGAAAUGCUUCAUCCCGCCUUGGAGCUGGAGUUGGGGAUGCAGCUGAUGUUCAGGCUCAUCCUUUCUUCAGACAUACAAACUGGGAGGAUCUUUUAGCUCGUAGAGUUGAACCGCCCUUCAAGCCAUUUCUGCAAUCAGAUGAUGAUGUCAGUCAGUUUGAUUCAAAGUUCACACGGCAAACACCUGUUGACAGCCCUGAUGACUCGACCCUCAGCGAAAGUGCCAAUCAAGUCUUCCUGGGAUUCACCUAUGUGGCUCCAUCAGUACUGGAAAGCGUUAAGGAAAAAUUCUCAUUUGAGCCAAAAAUCCGUUCACCUCGCAGGUUUAUUGGCAGCCCUAGGACUCCGGUGAGGUUUUUUUGUUUGGCUGGAGAGAGGUCACCUUGUGUGCGAGUUGCCUCAAAUGUGGGUCCUCUUUUAAGCAGCCCGAUCAAGUUUUCUUCUGCCGACUGCUGGAGUCGGGGAUCCGGCAUGGAACCGCCCAGAGGUCGUGGGUCAUCGGACUACCCCAUGGACGUUGGGAUGGAACAGAUGGACGUAACCGUUAGUGGAGAGGCAUCUGCUCCACUGCCGAUCCGGAAUCCCAUGGGCGUGAGUUCUGUGCCUUUCAAAAAGCAAACGUAUCCCGUGCCCCCGAACAGACCAGCACACCUCCGCAUGAACCUAUGACGACAGCUGAACAGGGAAAGAAAAUAGAACACCGAUUGAAAACUGUGGAUGCAAGCACUAACCGAGUAUACACGGGAGAGUGUAAUUGGGGAUGGUACCAAAUCUCCCCACCUUUCUCCCCCUUCAGCCCUUUACGAAAAAUGUCCACGGAAGUCUCGGUUCAGAUCCGAUAUACAAUGAAAACAUACAUCACUGACCGGAAAAAAAAGGGAGAUUAAAAUAAUUGGUAGGAUGGUGAACAUCUUUGCGAGAUUGACGCCCCAUGUGGUGAUUCACCUCUUGAGAUUCUGCACUUGACAUUAACAGAAAACGCCCGUGGCUCAUCAUUGUAAAUGGUGUUGAAGAAAUCUUCCUGCUUUAGGUGCCUGAUGAACACAGUAUUACCAAAAGCAGAGUUGCUGCACAGCUUUGCCUACACCUCUCAAUCAAACUGAAGCGUGUGUCCAGAGGGUGAGGUUGGGUUCCAAGAAUGCCCGGUGUGUCUGCACUCGGAUGUAAAGGAUUGCACCGUGUCAUACCGUUAGAAGAGCUCAAAAUCUCAGAUGCUAGGACCAGCGUUAUAAUACAUUUGAGCCCACGUAAAUGCAGUUUAUGGAGAGAGAUCAUGGAUUAAAAUAUCUAAAUACCACGCUGCUGUGCGUGCAUGUUGAUACAAUUGCAUUAACUCUUUGGUGCAUUCAAGUCUUAAAAGCCUACGUUUGCUUUGUCCAGACUUAAUGUUUGAAGAGGUUUAAAGUUUACCACAUUAUCUGCCUUUUUGCCUACUGCAAUUAUACUCUUAAGAGUUCUCUGUAAUCACAGUACUGGAAUAGAUUUAUUUUGAAAUAACACAAUCCCGCCUGCUGAGUAUGUCACCAUAUAGGUGAUGGUGUGCGAUAAGCACUUUAAACUCUGGCCAACAUAAAUUUAUCGCUCAUUGUGACAGAAAAUCCCUAUUUAAAUCCUCUUUAUGUGCCCUCUUAAAUUUCUCCUUUCUGCAUCUCCUUCAAAAUGCAUUCACAUGUUGGUGUCAAAAUAAUCCGAGGCCCUAAAGGUGAUGUUUCGCCAGCCCACUGAAUGAGGUGAGUGUAAGGAAGGCAAGGUGAAAGAAAAGUAAACCUUGUCGGCCUAAUGCAAAUUUUCCCUUGGGUUCAAGUAUAUCUGAGUCUGAAACUGACAAUUAGCACUUUCCAAGGAAUCAUGGUGCUGAACAGUACACUGCAUUCUUUCCUCCGUUAUGUCACUUGACAAAUAUUUGCUCAAAAUCCGCCAUGCGGUGAUCUAGGCCUCCAGGUCCGAUCAGUGUGAAGUGUAAGCGUGUGCUCAAUCUUGUUUUCUUUAUAAACUGCUUUUUCUCUGUUUCUACACUUGAAAUUGGUUGAGCCAUAGGAUACAAGCCAUAAAUGCCUUUACGCAUGCAAAGGCAGUCUGGCAUGCAUUUGGCCUUUUUGAGUACAAAACGAUAUGAGAGCUUAAAUCCAAGUUUAAAAGUGGCUGAUACACAUAUAGCUCUUAAAGAGACAUGAAAAGGCAGUUACAGAGCUAUUUGUUUCACUGAUUUGAUUCUCAUUGAAUUUCUAAAUACUUUGCCAAUUCUUGUUCUUUGGGCCUGUGUGCUGUGUCUUUAGAUAUUAUAUUUUAUUUUUGCUACUUCAAUCUAGAUUUUUUUAUCACAGGUUUAUAAAUCUUCACCUAAUUCUUCUCCAAGUAAUUACGUCAUAAUUUCACCCUUUUCCAUUCCAUUACGGGUCAUCACUUCGCCCUUUCCCAAUCUGUUACGGGUCUUCACCUUGCCCUUUCACAGUCCAUCUUAGCUAGAGUGAAGAUGCACAAUGAACCUUGUUUGAGUACAUUUUACCUUUUAUGUUUUCAAGUAGAAAAUCGAGGCAAACCAAACGGCCUCACUAUCAGCAAAGGUCGUCAGCUUGAAGCACGAGAAAUGGUAGCAAGAAAGCAACAAAGAAAGACUGGCUUCAGUGUGUUAAUUCCUGAAAUUCAGAUUAAGGUAGUUGACUGUUAGCUCCAUCUCUCCCCACACCCCACUUUGUUGAGCAUCAUAGUGCAAGAUAUUAUUUCCAUUGUUUUUAAAAAUUCAUGCUUCAAAUAGUAUCAAGCCAGAUUGGCUUGUUUAAUUUUUGAGUAAAAUCUUGGUUGACAAUGGCACAUGAUUCAGGAGAACAUGCGAAAACCUGUGGGUCUUGUAGUGCACCAGGAGCACCAUUUUCAGUUCUCUGAUUUGUGAAAACUGAGUUUAUUUCCUUCAUUGGACGUGCUAAUUCGGAGUUAAUUCUGAUCAUUUAUGGCAAAAAGUGGGAAACUUUGGAAUCAAAUCUUAUAACAUGCAGACUUGCUGCACGAUUUUGUGAGACUGAGCAAAUCUCCCAGUCGGUCGUCAAUACUGAAACAGGCCACCUAGCUAAUUGAGGCUGGCAAUGUACCCAAUCAAUGGCAGACUCAAACCAGUCAAAUACUUUUUUUGAUUGGUUUCAGAAAUGCUAAAAUUGCUUUCUAUUUCCUGGUGCCUCUGUGAAUGGUAGGCUACAGCAAGCAUUGUCAAUGUUUGAAAUUGGCUAUGUUCCCAAUGUGUUGAACAAAAAUAAAUUUUGUAAGUCUUUUGAAAGGUGUUCAAGAUGAAAUAUAGAUAAAUCAUUUCAUAAUUUACUGCAGUCACCCAAUUCCUUUUCUGUUGAGUUGGAAUGUGGAAAUACUUCAGCUGGCAAGGGUGAUUGGUCUUGGAGUGAAGCAUCAGUUCCUUCGUGGCAACAUGACAUGCCACAGUUCCUUUCUGAGCAGAGAAUCAUGGUGCGAACCUAUGUCCCGACUGUACCAGACUGAGAUUGAACACUGUCAGCCAGUAAAACACCUCAUUCUAAUAUCAUGCGAGAGUUUGAUGGAGAAAUUUUAACAAGUUUCCUGAACCAAAAAACAUUUGAAAUUUAUAAGUCCUAUAGCUAACCAUUUUAGUCAGAGAAUAUUGUCACGGAAGAGUAGUUUUACUGUUUAUCCAAAAGGUAGGUUGGUUGAUUAUUUUUUGGUAAAAUAAUCUGUUAUAUUAAUGUUUAUAUUUUAAGUUCACAACAGCCCAACUACCUCCCGCUUUAUUAUACGCCCUUUUUAAUGGGGACUACAGACAUUUGUGCUAAACUCUGAUGCUUGUUCUAGUUAAAUAGAAAGUAUCAAAGAAGGAUAAAGACCAGCACCUUUGAAUUCAUAGUUGUUAUUAUUCACGAAGCACAAAGUACUGGGGCUGUUGGAUUUUGAGCAAAUCCAGUUCAUUUUACGCUGAGGAUCAUGGGAUUUAAAAAAGCUUUGUGAAUUGCCUUCCAGGACUAAUUCCCCCCCCCCCCCCCCCCCCCCCCCCCCCCCCCCCCCCCCCCCCCCCCCCCCCCCCCCCCCCCCCCCCCCCCCCCCCCCCCCCCCCCCCCCCCCCCCCCCCCCCCCCCCCCCCCCCCCCCCCCCCCCCCCCCCCCCCCCCCCCCCCCCCCCCGUUUUGAGUAACACAAUGAGCUUGAGUUAGAGCAGUCCAUUAGCCUACAGUUGCUCAAUGCACAAAUAACUUUUAUUUAUACAUUUCAAAAUAAGAUUACAAUCAAUGACAUAAAGUACUUCAAAAUUGUUCCAAAAAAAAAUGACAGGUUGCAAUUCUAAGUAAUUUUGAAAUUGAUUUUUGAGAGAACUGAAAAUGGGUCAUACUUUUUAUGGAAAUGUUAUUGAAGGAGAAUAAUGUUCUGGUUUGCUUGGCUGUAUUGUUAAAGUACAAUUCAAUGUCCAAUCUCAUUUUCGUGCAAGAAAAAUUAAAAAGGGUUAAUUGGAUUGGAUCAUGCACUUGCUGGUAAAUGGAUUACAAAUGUCUUUAGCACCCCAAUAUUCGAUAGGACAAGGCUGUGAUGCUGAAGUUAAAAGGUUGAGAGAACAUCGGUUCAGCAUCCUUUAUUGCUUGUCCUAUGCUUUCAGACACUUGUUGAUGGUUUCCAACAAUAUUCUACCAGAUUGGCAAGCAUUCAUUUACCCACCACGUAACUGGAAAAGUGUAAGGAAUAAAAGUAUGUGCCCUGUGGCAGCACAUGGUUACAUUUUGCUGUACUUCAGUACUGCUUCAUAGAUAUCGUACAGUGACUGUAGAAAAUAGCAAUUAAGCAUUGAAUUACUUUUAAUUCUGCAGUCAAUCUUUUGUAUAUUGCAUUCUGCAAUCAUGUGAAGGCUGUUUUUCAAAAUUGUGACUGCAACACCAAACAUUUUUAAAUGAGCUUUGUUGCUCUUAAAUAAAACAUCCAGCAUCUCCAAAGAAUUGUACUGAACUUUCAAUAUAAAAUUCUUAAGCUCUUUAACAUCCAGGAAAACAAUCAUAAAUUAUAUUCUAAAAUUCAAAAAGGCUUAAAGUCUGGCGGUUAAUUCAGCUCUCUUCAGAGGUUUUAAGCCUUUUUGUUCAUGACAUUUCCAUCUAUUUUUUCUUUCUCUAUAUGUUCUCUAUAAUUUGGCGCACCUAACUUAAAUAAGGGGGAAAUAUUGGAAAGAGGAAGAGGAAAGUGAAGAAUGUUACAUAUAUAGAUUUAUUGUAAAGGUUAGAUUUUGAAGGCCUGCAGACUACAAUGUUGUUUUAAACAAGGAAUUUUCUUGAUUUCAUGCACUGUUUUCCCUUAUUUUGUAAUUAAUUUGCAUCAGUAUCCGCUCCCCUCCUGGGAUGACACAGCGACAAUGGCCACUUAGUUGAAGAUAAACUAUCCUCUUGGGAACACUGGGUUAAUGAGAGCUGCUCCUACAUGGAAAGUUUCGAAUUUUGUGUGAGUAAAACGUUCACCAAUUGAGGUUGGGAAAGAGGUCUUGGCGUUGUCAAGUUUCCAUCCUCUCUUUCCUCUCUCCUCCACAAGACCACAUUGCCUCCUCCAUCCAACAGUGAUGGUGUUUCUGACUCAGGCCAUCCUAUAUUGGGGAAGGGAUGAAUUUCAAUGAAAAUGAAGGUGGUAGACAUUUCAGUGGUAGCUGUAGUCAUGGUAGGCUCUUUGGGAAGGUGAUAGAUCAAACUAUGCAAAUCCUCCCCCCCCCCCCCCCCCCCCCCCCCCCCUAUUUUUUGUAAAUAAAACAAAAUGGAUUUGCCUAAUUGUUUAAUAAUCUUUGCAAAUUAGGCAUUGUAUUUUAACAGAUUUAUGAAAGUUUCUUGUCAAUCCUUAUUUUUGUAUGAUCUAUUUGAAUCUUCCUUGCAGCCAAAGUGGCUGGUUGAUUUGACUAAUAGAAUAGAAACAUUUUAUAAAGUGCUUCCUUUUCCCCUCUCCCCUCAAGCCUUUCUGUUGUAGAUUUAUUAGUUACUUUGUAAUUCUGUAGGUCGUAUGUAUUUGUGGGGGAAGAGGAGAAAUAUCAGUUUGUUUAUCAAAGCUUUUCAACUUUCAUGAAUGUGUAGUCUUUUUGGACUAUUAAAUUUAUUUUUGUUUGUAAAUGUAGCUGUUGAAACUGCCAUUAAUGUAUAUUUGAGUUUGUGAAUCUGGUAAAGAGAUGGAAAUAUGUGGAUUUGUCUCAUCGUUCUCAGCUGUCAUGGAUUUGGUUUUGCAUUUGAGUGUUGAGCCAGUUUGGUGCGGGCUAGAUCUCACGGAGACUGUAGAGACUGUUUUGGUAUCAUCCCCAACGGAAAGGUCUCGCCCACAAUAGUUCACUGCUUCCUUCACGCUACUGCUUUAUCAUCAUCUCAGUUUUCUCUGCUAAAGGUUAGUGUUUGAAUCUUAAAUCUGGGCUGGAAGAGCGGGUAAUCUCACUCCAACAUUGGGUAAGACCUCGUCUGGAGGUAUUCAUGUUAUUUUAAAAACUGCCUUGUACCAACGCAGCAGUGUAAUGUCACUUAACCAAAUAGUUCAUCUCUUUAGAGGUAUAUGAAGUUUAGGAAAUGGUGUUUUUUUUUUUACUUCCAGAAAGAAAUUAUUGCUUGUUGCAACAUGCAACACGUGCACGUAUAUUUCACCUCCAGUACUAUUUGCUUAAAUUAUCAUUUGUUUGAUCUUCAAACACGCUCACUUUUAGAUUGUUGCUUGCUUUCUCUAGGAAAACAAGUGGAGCCUGUACUUUUGCUGGGGUUGAGUUGGUCAUCAGUUCAUGCAAGGCUUGCCUAAACAGCAGUUUUAUUGCCAUUGGCAACCCAAACCAAACCAGCAACCACUCAGUUUCCGCAGAUAACAGGACCCUGGGUUAGUUUGGAUUUCACAUUAUUAAUUGCUAGGUAUAUCUACAAGCAUGAUUACAAAAUCAAGACAUUGAUUAAUCUAAUUCUUGAUAGAAGAUACUGAACUUUAGAAAAGUUGGUCUGUGCUUGAGAUUUGCCCAUACAGUGAAUUAGUUAUCUCAAACCUGCAGUCGGGCAAAAGAUGAACGGUGGACCCUGGACUUCUCAUCAAAUUAAAGAUGACCGAGCCAAGCCCUUAAAACCAUUCAUCCAUAAAUUGCUGAUUGUAUGAUGCAUACUAAUGAUGCAAGAUUGAUCCAUUCCUGCCUAUGCCCUUUUCUCACAUGUUUGCAGGGCUUUGCAUUAGCAACUCAGUCACUCUUUCAUCAGGCAAGAACUUAGAAAAUGAGUGUUGGCCUGCUGUUUUACUGUGGUGCGCAUCAUGGUUGAACAUAUGUUUAUUGAUACAUCAAACUGAGGGUUACACCUCUUCAUUUGUGCACUGCGCUUUCUCCUUUUGACAAAAUCGGGUUAAACUAAAUCAAUACAUGUGCACAGAUGCACAUCUGACACUUGCGCACCCCUGCCACUCUUUCACUUCCACUGCAACCCCACCCUUCUGCAUACUCAGCACCAGGCCACAGUCUACUUUAAACCAAUGAGCCACUAGACAGCUGAACGAGACACUCUUAAUAAUAUUCAAGUUACUCAUCGUCAUCUUCUAAAUAAAUGUAUGAUGGGUGUCUUGUCUAAGCAGCAUACACUUCCGCAUCUGCUUCUAAAUUGCUGGCUUAAACCACAAUAUAUUCUUUUAUACUAAAAUGCUAAUCCCCGUGAAAGAAAAGCUGCAAAUGCUGGGAACAUGAAGUUUUGAAAAAUACACAAGGAAACUAGCAGAUUGGCCAUCUUUUAAAAUGGACCGGCUUUCUGAGAAGCGUUAAGUUACUUUGUUUUACUUGUUUUUCUGUUCUGUGUCAACCAAAGGGAAAGCUGACUUUCUGUGCAGUGUUUGUUUUGCAAUGUGCUUCCCCCCCCCCCCUUCAAACUAAGAAAACGUUUGCACUGGAUUACUGCCAUUUUGUACUGAAGUGGAUGGCAGUUGGCAUUACUCAAAGUGCUGGAGGAACUCAGUGGGUCAAGCAGCAUCUCUGGUGGUCAUGGAUGGGUAAUUUCUCCACCUGAAACAUCACCUAUCCAUGUCCUUCAAAGAUGCUGUCUGACCCAUUGAAUUACUCCAGGACUUUGGGUUCUACAGAAGAUGCCAGUAGCUGCAAUUCAUUGUCUCUGCAAAUUAGCAUUACUGGUCUAUGGGAUGAACGUGGAAGUCGUGUGUGUGUGUACAUGCAAACAUCAGGGAAUCCCUAACAUUAUCACAGACCUCACUCUUCACUGUUCACAGUUGAAUUCAUCAUUCCCUGAGAUGACCCUUUUUUAAUCCUUACCAUUAUAGACAUUGUGAAGCACACAAUUAUGAAGCUGUCUGAAUCAAGUCACAAAAGCAGAAUGUAGACUUAAAGAUGGUAGAAUAUUGAAUCACCAGAGUGGACACUAAUUCUUAGCUUUAACAUUAGCAGCAAGUUUAGAAAAAUAUUUUUGUAAUUUUUAAUAAUAGGACUGUAGUCAUCUAAGUUUUCAGCUUGGUGUGGCAAGAUUGUAACAGAUACAAGUGUCGAACAGGUUUUGCCCAUCAUUUGGAACUUUGCAUCAAUUUAAAUUGGCAUUGGCUGGUUUUGUCCCAACAGAGGGAAGAUUUGGUUUGGAAAGCCGUGUUGCUCGUGGAUGCCAAUACCAAUGUGCUGUUCCUGCUUAUGCUAUUAAUUUGGUUAUCGUUAUUUGCGUUUGGCAUGUUAGAAAUUGGUGCAAUUUGGGCAACAAAUACACAUAUCAGGACAUUUUCCCAUUGGUGUGGAUGGUUAUUGAUGUAAAUAGAGGCUGGUUGAAUGUGGUAGUACUUUCUGAAUAUAUUACAUUGCGAUGGCCAGCUCUCAAUUUAUUGAAGUCAGUUAACGAGUCAUUACAUUUUCUUUCUCCAGCCAGCCCCCUUUCGAACCCCCUCAUCUAUGGACCCCAAAUACCAAAAGAGGUUCUUUGUUUUAUGACUAUCUGUAAAGUUAUCCAGCAGGCGGAUGCAUAUGUCAAAUAUUAAUCAUUUUAAUGAUAUCGGUGAAAAUUAUAGCACCCAACAGUAAAUAUCCCUGGUAAUGUGAAAGAAUUCUAGACACAGUCAGAUCUUUCACCAGCUGUUGGGAGGACUUUUCCUGAAUUUAUUUUAGUGCAUCUCGAACACCAGGGAAUUGGAUUCUGUUUAAAGUACGACCUGUGCUAACUCGGACCUUGAUGUAAAUUCUGGUGCCACAAUUAAAGGAAUUGAACUAAGAGAAAAUUGGUGCAGUGAUCACUACUGCUAGACCUUAUGCAUUAUGUAUAACUUGGAAUAUUCUCUGCUACUCUAAUGAAUGGUGCUUGCUGAGGAGACAGUUUGAAACUUUCUAUCAUGUUCAGUCGGAGUUUCAAGCAUCCAUUAUGCAUCUGAUUAGAUCCAUCUUUAUUUGCAUGGACAAUCCUGUUAGUUACAAUUGGCUGUGUAGAACAAAGAGUAACAAGACUCAUUUUGCCCCAGUCCUUCAUUCCAACAAGAGGAAAAUAGCACAAAUAUCUCACUUUAUCACUUGAAAGAUGUGUGAACAUUUUACCUGUUCUUGGGUGACCUUUGGUUCUGAGAUCAGUAUUUUGGCAUGGUGCUUUUACUGCUGGAGAAUCUUGCCUCAUUAUUUUGAGAGAACUACACUGUUGCCUGAGUAAAAAUGGUGUGAAGCUGCAUUUUUUUCUCCUUGCUAAUUAUCUUGUACUUAUUCAGCUUUAUUAUUGAAAUCAAAUUGGUCAAUGAAUGAAGAGCUGUAAAAUCCCAUUAAAAGGCAAAUUUGAAUGAA